AUGGAGUCGGCAAAAGAACCCAAAGCAAUUAUGAAGAUUGAGCAUUUAAAUGCGACUUUCCAGCCUGCAAAAAUAGGGAACCCACAUGGACUGCAAAUCACUUACUUGAAGGACAACAGCACAAGGAACAUCUUUGUCUACCACGAAGACGGCAAGGAAAUAGUGGAUUGGUUCAAUGCCAUCCGUGCAGCACGUUUUCAUUACUUACAAGUGGCGUUCCCUGGAGCUAGCGAUGUUGAUUUGGUGCCAAAGCUCUCCAGGAACUAUCUGAAGGAAGGUUACAUGGAGAAGACUGGGCCAAAGCAAACAGAAGGCUUCAAGAAGCGAUGGUUCACUAUGGACGACCGGCGGCUGAUGUAUUUCAAAGAUCCUCUGGAUGCCUUUGCUAGAGGGGAAGUUUUUAUUGGAAGCAAGGAAAACAGCUACAAGGUCCUGGAAGGACUCCCACCAUCCACCCAGGGAAAUCACUGGCAGCACGGAAUAACGAUCGUGACCCCAGACAGAAAAUUUCUCUUUGCUUGCGAGACAGAAAACGAUCAGCUAGAAUGGAUUACAACUUUUCAGAAAGUUAUCAGCAGGCCAAUGCUGCCUCAGGAAUACGCAGUGGAAGCCCAUUUCAAGCAUAAACCUUAGACAGGACUGUCUGGGCGGACCUAAGGAACGAGAUUCUGUUUACAACACAACGUGGUUUUAUUUGAAAUGUAAAAAUUAAUAAUAAUAAUAAUUACAAGCCGUCAUUCACCUAAUCAUGUUGGAAGUCAAGAAGGGAGCACUUCACGGCAGAAGCAAUGGAGAAGCUGCUGAGCCAUAGGAAAGCAAGUUUGACACUUGUCUAGGUAGGCACAGCCGGGCUUGUUUUCAACCCUGCCCGGUGCUCCACCGUAGACGACAUCUCCGUGCGCAACCAUUUUGUGUAUCUCACUACAUUAGGUAAGGAAUUACCACAAAGACUGAGCAUGUUGUCAAUAUAGUAGACUCUGAACAAUGUGCAGCAGGAUGCCCCUUGGUCUGUGCUAACCUGUAAUAACACAACCUGUCCUCUCUGGUCCGGGAAGGCCUUGUUCAAUGAGUUUGGAUGUACUCCGUAAGUAGUAUUUUCACAGGGUGGCAACAAAUGACUUAACAUUCACAAUAUACCCUAGAGGUGUGAGGUUUGUCCACCUGGAAACGUGGUCGAUGGCUAGAAAGUGGUAAAACCUAAAAGGUUUUCUGUGAAAAAAAUGAAACUUAGAAAAUGAAAUGUGAUGCAAGGAAAGAAAGCUCUUUUUAUAUCCUCUGUAGAAACCUUCUUAAGCUACCGUUUCAACAACCAGUUAGACUAAUGGUGGCUGGGUUUUGUUGGCUUGACUUUCACCUCCUGCAAAGUUCCAGUAGUUCAGACGUGAGAUGGAUACAUGAUUUGAUCCUAGUUUUGGAUCUGAACUUUCCCAGAAUUUGGGGCCGUCUGGACCAGUUAAUGUCCUGAGGGCAAACUGGUGAAGUCCUGAUCCAAAUCCAAAUUCCCUUCGAAUUCACAUCUGGUGCUUCGCUCUGCAUCUUUGGUGUCAGCACACUUAGUCUUUGGCAUUUCUGCUCCCUAUGGGCUAGUGGAUUUGAAUCCGGCAGGCUUUUCUUGAAGCUCUCGCUGUCCUGAGUCUCCUCAACAACACAUUUUCUCGUAUCGCAAAGGACUGGGGAUUUUCAGAAACUGUGAAGUCCUAAGAGACUACAGAGCAGAAGCUUAAACACAGAGGAAAAAGACAUUAUCUUUUAGUGCAGGGAAGGAUGAAUUAUAAAGAGUAGGGGUCAGCGUGACACAUCAGAAAGCAGUAUUACACAUUCUGCUGGUGUUGGCUGGUACUAAUGCCUUAAAAAGUAAGGCACCUGAAUAUGACUCUUAAGGUGUUGAACAUAAGGCUCCCAGUCAUAAAUUUCCUUGGUAUUAUGGCACAUGGACAGUAUAUACUAGACAGUCUCCCAAAUGCAUCCUUUUUCAUGCUGUUUCAUGCUUAAGGUUGAUGGUAAGGAAACAGUUUGCCAAGAAACCGUCUCAAUGCCAAAGCGUAGGGUAGGCAUCUUCUCAGCCCUGUGGUGGCUCCCGGCUGCGUAGGGUGUCCUUCUGUACGAGGACCCCUCACCGACUCCGGGAACACUUGCCCCAGGUCCCUGCAGUGCACUUUGGAGGGAAGAUCUGUACCCAGACCUGGGACAUGACCCAUGACUAACUUGAUUUGCAUCCCUUUUGACUCUACUGGGUGGGCAAGGGAUGCAGGACUAGGAGGGCAUUUAGGACAUACAGUGUGAAUCUGUGCAGGGGCCCAACAUCCCUGAAGCCAGUUCACUCCUUCACACAAUUCCUUCUGUGUUGCUAGUGUCAUAACCUGCUAACGGUCUCUCAGCGUUUCUUUCGAGAUGGAAGAGCUGAGCUGAAUAAGCUACUAGCUAAAAGCAAAGGGCUGUACCCAUUGCAGUGCCAGCCAGAUGUCUUUACAAUGUACAGUAAAAGUACGCGACUGCCAUGACUUGAAGAAAACUGCAUGUGCACUUUGUAGGGAGCUCGCACAAAGUGGAAUUUGAAAUGGUUCCAGCUUACGUCGUCUUGUGAUGUGUAGAUGUUGCUAAUGACUGAUUCUCAACAUGUCAUACAGGUGAGGUCCAAAUAAUUUAAUGUAGGCGAAUGCCACGCCUUGUAAGCAAUGAUAACUUGUACAGCAGGGGAGUGUGCGGAAGUGGGAGGGAGGAGUGGUUCCAGCAAUCAGAGUUGUUGGCCUCAUUAACUGCUCACCAAAGUGCACACCCAAGAAGUGCCCAUUACUGACAAAGGAAUGUCGAUGCGGGGAAAGCCCGGCCUUUUCCCACGCAGCACGUCCAGCUGGGGCCAGGGGAGACAGGCCCAUCAGGAAUGACAGUGACAGCAGGCUGGAGUUUUAGCUGUAUGCAGUGGACAGGGAGAAUCCGGCACGGACUCAGACACUAACCAGACACAAAAAUCAAAGCCCCGCAUGCACAAACACUGCUGCUCUGAGACCACUCCUAAUUAUAGUGCAUAGCCUUCCCGUUUGGUCACAGAGAGAACGCGGCAUGAAAACGGAGGUCGAGCAGUCUUCUCCCAGCAUUGUCAUUUCCACAGCAGGGCGAGGGGCAGCACCGUAUUAGUGACACCUAUCCCCCACCCCUCCCAAGCCUACGAGGCUCCCAGUGACCAUAUUCCAGGCCCAGGGGCUUUUGUACCCUCUCCACUCAACCUUGUUCAGGGGUCCCCUUUCUUUAUUUGCCCCUCCCCGCCAGUUCAGACGCCCAGCCUGUGGGUUUUGGGACCAAUUACAUCCUCUGCAGAGGGCUUCAGUACACUGUCACUGUUGCACAGGCCUCCAGGGUUGCACAAUGCAAAUGUGCUCAGCCUUAUUACAUGGUAGAGGAAGGAACCGUGGUACAUGCAGAGGAGGGAAGGACAGCAUUGCAAAAUGGAUCCAGAGGGGCUCCCCCGUGGUGCGGGUCGGGUGUGCGGAGAUGCUCUUCUGUUGCCACUGCUUAGACUCCUAGAAAAACGGGACUGGAAGGGUCUUCGGGAGAUCAUCUACUCGAACCUCCUGCUCAAGGGAGGAUCAUCCCAAUCCAAACUGCCCUGUUCUUACAAACAUCAGGGAGAUCGUCAGCCACAACUACCGGGCACAAUGCCCCGAACGUAAGAAGUACCCUUUAAUGUGCUGCAGAUAAAGCAGUGUCCUGCCUACCCGGCACUUGGUUCUUCUGCCUUUGUUCAGCUCCAGAGGCAGGGAUUUGGGCAUGCACUCUGCUUUUCACAGCACCCAGUCCAGAAACAGGCCGUUGGACCAGGGUGUGAGGGGAGGAGAGGGGAUCCCAGCCUGGAAGAUCCAGCUCUUGUACUAACGCAAGCCGCUUAGUGUCAAUGGAAAGGCUUGGUUGCCAUGUCCGGGUUUCACAGAAGAUGGAUGAUAGGAAGGGAGGGAGAAGGAGGGAGUUCUUGUGUGGCCAUUGGCACGGGCUCAGUCGGGCGUUAACCCUGUCUCCAGAUCUGUAAGGAAGGCGUGAUCCAGGCC